GCCCGACAUCGGGAAGCGCACUCUCGCGUCCUGACUGAGGAGCUGCCUUGCCUACCGGGAUUGCAAUGGCGAAUCGGACGGUGAAAGAUGCUCAUAGCAUCCAUGGAACCAACCCGCAGUACUUAAUCGAGAAAAUCAUCCGCACCCGCAUCUAUGAAUCCAAGUACUGGAAGGAGGAAUGUUUCGGGCUGACAGCGGAACUGGUUGUGGAUAAAGCUAUGGAACUGAAAUAUAUUGGUGGCGUCUAUGGUGGGAAUAUUAAGCCUUCACCAUUCCUUUGUCUAACUCUUAAGAUGCUUCAAAUUCAGCCUGAAAAAGAUAUUAUCGUUGAAUUUAUAAAGAAUGAAGAUUUUAAGUAUGUAAGACUGUUGGGUGCAUUGUAUAUGCGACUGACAGGUUCUGCCAUUGAUUGUUACAAAUAUCUGGAACCACUCUAUAAUGAUUAUCGGAAAGUGAAGAGACAGAAGAGAGAUGGAGAGUUUGAACUUAUUCACGUGGAUGAAUUUAUGGAUGAGCUACUCCAUGAAGAGCGAGUUUGUGAUAUUAUCUUGCCCAGACUUCAGAAACGCUAUGUGUUGGAAGAAGCAGAGAUGCUGGAUACUCGAGUCAGUGCAUUGGAGGAAGAUAUGGACGACGUAGACACAAGUGAAGAUGAAGAUGAGGAUGAAGAUAAGGGUGACAGAGUUCCAUCACCAGAGCCUCCACGACGUGGCUACCGUGAUCUUGAUCGACCUCGAAGAUCACCAUCUCCACGAUAUCGAAGAAGUCGAAGCAAAACACCAAGACGACGAAGCAGGUCCCCCAAGCGAAGAAGCCCAUCGCCACGUCGUGAAAGACAUCGCAGCAAAAGUCCUAGACGUCAUCGUAGUCGAUCUAGAGAUCGUCGUCACAGAUCAAGAUCCAAAUCUCCAG